AUGAAACUGUUUGCCGCCAAUGGGACGCCUAUCAACGUUUACGGAGAAGCCCUUCUUAAGGUAAAUCUUGGUCUUCGCCGUGAAUUCCUCUGGUCGUUCCUGAUCGCUGACGUCUCGACUGGAAUAAUUGGAGCCGAUUUUAUUCGCAAUUUCGAUUUUCUGAUCGACCUAAAACGAAAUCGCCUCAUCGACAACACCACCCAACUCGAAUCAGCAGGAGUGCUGACACGAACCAACAAUUAUUCCGUGAAAACGUUCAGUGCAGUUUCGCGGUACGGUGAGCAAAUCAUCGAUUGUCCAUCGAAUCGAAACGCCUGCCAACCCGUUCACGCUAGACCGAGACGUUUACCACCAGAUAAACUGGAGGCAGCCCGCAGUGAAUUUGAGCAACCAAUGAAGCUGGGUAUCUGCAGACCGUCUUCCAGCAACUGGGCCAGCCCGCUUCAUAUGGUCAAGAAAGCCGACGGAUCUUGGCGUCCAUGUGGGGACUACGUUCUCUGA